AUGAAGCUGUCUUCUAUUUUGUCAGUUUUUUCAGUCGGUUCCGAUGCAUUACUUGAUGCAUCCAUCACAAAUUUCAACAUUUUCAUGACUCGAGGAACCCGUCUCUUUUUCAACUGGGACACGAUCGGAUCCGAUUCCGUUUCCGACUGGAAAGUCACGAUCACCGACAGCGAUACUGGCAGAAAAGCCGGUCGCUCCAAGCUCAAAAUAAAAAACGACCGACCAUCGAUGGCCGUGGACAAGCUCAAGCCUCACACAAAAUACGAAAUUUCCGUAACGCCGGUUUCGAAAACAGAUGAAGGCGAAGAGAGCAUUUUCACCGCGUGGACUAGUCCUAGAGCAGUCGAAAAGGUCGUUACAGUUGGAAGAUUUUCCUCGACAGUUUGGAUCGAAUGGCAACCUCCAAGCCAGGGUUGCCGAUACCUCAUGUCGCCCUGUUUGAUCGGCAAAAUAUUUGAACCCUUCAAAAGCUACGUCGGCGACCAAGGCGACCCAGACCAAUACGUCAUCACCAAUGCUCGAGACAAAAAUGAGCGUUACUUCACCACCGAAACAGGCAUUCAACUCACCAUCGGCAAAGGCGUCUCAAUGGAUUACAAAAUCCAAUCAGUUGCCUGCGACGAUUGCGAAAAUCCGACCAACGAAGCCUGGUCCCCGCCGCUGAAUUUCAAAGUCACGUCGUUGCCUCCAAAGCCGGCGAAUUUGAAAAUUGUUGAAGAGAGCAUUUCGGAUUUGGAAAGAGCGAAUGUCGUUGUUGGGUGGGAAAAUCCGAAUAUUGACUAUGAUUCAGUCAAAAUCGAGUACUCGCCGAAUACUCCUCAAGGUUACACAAAAUCGCCGACUUUCUUUCCCAAUGCCUGGGAUACUCAAGCGACUCUUGAAGGCUUGUAUCAAAAUGUGGUCUACACGAUCAGCAUCCGAUUCGUCGUGGACAACGUCGAGGGCCCAGCAGAAACCAUCAGCGUCGCCGUUGCGGAUGCAAAAGGCCACUUCCCGCAUCAACAAAACUGCCAAGUACCCACCUAUCUCCGUCCAGAAGCGCUGCGAGUCAAAAGAGGGAUCUUUGGCGAGCCAAAGUUGGAGGUCACGUGGGAGCAUCCGCGAGCAAAGAAGCCGGAAAAUGGAUACAGAUUGGUCUUCGCGCCGUUUGCCAGCGUUAUUGAUCAAAAACCAUGGAUUGUGGACGUCAAUCAAAAUACAAAAGAGUUUGCUCUUUCCGGGCAAAAAUACGAUCCCUACGAUGAAUACACCGUUUCCGUCUUCGCCCUCCACGACGAGCAGAUCAUGGCUCCUAAUUCUCCCGAUUUUCUCGCCUCCGUUUUCACCGGGCAGUUGCUGAUGGGAUCCAGCGAAGACAAAUUCGUAGAGCUGGUGAAGACAGAUUCUUGCUGUGGGAGCAAAAAAUACAAUUCAGAGAUUCAAGGUUGUUGUGGCGGACAUUUGUACGAUCUCAGCGAUCCUUUUGCCUUCUGUUGUGGGUCAUCAACAUUCGAAAUCAACAACGAAAACUGCUGCGCGAAUGGAAUUAUUGUCCCAAUAAAUUCUUCUUGCCCCGAGGAGUGA